GCAGCCCAAAGCAGAGAUUCACAUUGUAAGAUAUAUCCAAAGGACGAAUCGGUCCAAACACACUCUCCUAUACAAUUCAAAUUUUGGAUCGUUGGUCGUUACUCACUUACUCCCUGCGGGACCCACCGCAACCCAUGGAUGCCACUGCCAGGUUGCCAUUUGAAUGAAAACUGAAAACCUAUCUCAGCUUCAGCGAUGAUGAUGAUGAUGAUGGAAGAGGAAGAUAUGGAAAUAGAGCACCAAGUCUUCGUUGCUCACCAGAUUGACUUCGAUUACGAGUUCGACGCAGUUCGAUUCUUCGAUUUCAGUGCACAAGAAUCUCCUGCUCAAGCUCGCCAAGCCGAACUAUGGUUUCAAUCCGCCGGAAGCUACCCUCCUUCUCCUUUUGUGGCGAAGCUUGUGGUGAGAGACGACGACGUUUGCACCUAUCCAGAAUCAGACCGCACCGUUUCCCGCACCGUCUUUCACCAUGGCGGUUCAAAAGGAGAGGGUGGUAACACUUCUGCUUUCCUUGGCGGAGUUUCUAGGGAUGUUAAUAUGCAACUGUUGCAAGUAACUACAGGACUGACCUUUAGCAGUAAGGCAAACAGUGGCAAUUUGAAUUCUAAGGUAAAAACUGCUGUGAUGAAGGGUUCAACACUAAUGAAACCUACUGCUAGUCAGUUGGCUAAGCAAAAUCGGCCCCUCCAAAGUGUUAGCUCAAGGUUUCAGAAAGUACAAGAUCAUAACAGAAAAAUAAAUUCAUCUACCUCUUCUGGGAUAGAAUGUCAAGCUGCCAAACGACAGAAAUUAGAAGGCGGUCUAUUGCAAAAGGUUGGUGACGUGAAGCAGCAAGUUAAUUUUGUCCACAAGACACCUAAGAAGGUUGCAACUGUUGAUCAAAAUUCUGGACAUUCAAAGCUUAAGAUUACUAUUCCUAGAGAGCCUGAUUUAGAAACAGCUCACAGAGCACAAAGGAUUAGACCAAAAACUGCUGCAGAGGCAGAAGUUGUGACAGUGCCAGUGGCUGUCCCCAGAUUCAAAGCACGCCCAUUAAAUAGAAAAAUUCUGAAUGCUCCUUCAUUACCACUUCCCAAGAGGAGCACGCCACGGUUGCCAGAAUUUCAAGAAUUUCAUCUUAAGACACAAGAGAGGGCCAUGCAGCAUACAUCUACAUCUACGACUUCAUCAUCUUCACUUCACUGCAAUGAUUCUAAUAAGGAUUUGGACAAACAUACUGCUGUUACUGCUCAAGAAUAUAAAAUCAGGGAUUUGAGAAGACCGUCUGCCAUGGGUGCUCCAAAGCAUGAUGGAUUGGAUUUUGCACAUAGUUUUAAAGCUCGGCCUCUCAAUAAGAAGAUUCUUUCAAGUAAAGGAGAUAUUGGUGUUUUCCGGAACAGAAAGCAGGAAACCACUGUGCCUAUGGAAUUUAAUUUUCAUACGGAAAAGAGGAUUCAGCAUAACCCACCAAUUGAACUCUUUAGCAAGAUGUCCCUAGCAUCCGAAGUGCAGUCAAAUAACGGAUCUCAGUUGAAUCUGCCUCGGCAUUCCAGAGUGUUCAGAGAGGAUUCAAAAGAAAAUAUAGGAAGUUCUUUUCAUCUGGGCGUGAAGGAAAUGCCUUUUGUAUUUGGGGGAAAGCAAAUUCAUAGUGGGAGGGACGGCUGCGACAGUGACGCUGGUACUCUGUUGGCUGCAAGGAGGAGCUUGGGAAUUCGAUGACGGUAAUACGCACAAGGGCCAACAUGCAACAUAACUAAGAAAAUAUUUUCUCUGCCGAGUUGAACAUCGAUGGCAACAUAGCUGAAUCUAACAAGAGCCUAACAACUUUUCCCAGAUUUUUUUUUCACAGAAUCUUAGAAAAUUACUUUGUUAGGACAGAAGUUAGCAUACUAAAUUCUGCAUCACUUGUAUCUUGUACAACUACAUGACAAUCCAAUAAUAAAUCGUUAACAGGCAAGUGUAUUAUAA